AUGGCUGCCAGGAAUGCUGCCCAAAGAGUCUCCGUUUCAGCGGAUGAUGCGAGCCAACUAGUUGCCACUGAGCAGGCUAGGAAACGACGUCAGGCGAAUCACUCGCUCCAGCGGUCUGCUUGGGGAAAGCCUCAAGUUUUAGGCACAGCCCGGGCCGCGAAUGAGACAGAAAAGGCAAUGAAGCGAAUUAGGGUAAAAAUGCUUCUGCUGUUUGACUAA